AUGUGGACUUCGACCACCUCUGUUCUGGAGACUUUUGCUUUUGGCUCAGACCCUCCGUGGCAUGGGAGUGGCGGUAGCGAGGCUGAAAGUACAGCAACGAGCCCUACCAUUACCUCUCCGAAUUCGAAUGCACCGUACGCAUCUGUCGAGGCAAAAACUCCUACGGCAACUCAAAUCAGUAUUGGAGGCUGGACAUUACCGUUGCGCCGUCAACAAAACGUCUGGAACCCAUCGGUCUUGCAGGUGCGUCCGUUGGUUGGUCUCCUCGCAUUAUGCGUCACUUCUAGCUGUGUGUUUGCCUCAUUCGCGGUCCUUCUGGUUUCCGAUGGACAGCCGGUGAGCGACUGGCCCCUGUCGCCUGCCGUGUCUUUGGCCAUCAUAACCGCUGCGGCCAACUCGGCGCUUGCACUGGCUUACAUGGAAGCUGUGCCGAUCUCGUGGUGGUAUAGCACAACUCGCGGAAGGUCCAUCCGUGCACUGGAGCGGCAGUGGAGGGUUACCAGGAGCAUAGUCUCUGCGGUAGCCUAUCUGCGGCAUCUAAGUGUCCUCAACAUUGCCUGCAUCCUGGUCGCCAUAGUGGUCAUCGAUGGACCUCUCUUGCAGAAGGCAUCAACUGUCGUCUCUGGUACUACGACCUCAGACGUCACACUCUACAUGCAUCUACUGCCCGAGCUCCCGAGCAAUUUCUCUGGCACGGUGUGGAAUCAUAGGAUAACUGCGAGUCUAGCUAGCCAGCUACCGUUCCAAGAUCUCGCGGCUCAGAGGUCGAUGAAAUUUGAAGUCCCUCAGUGCAGCGGCAGUGAGGAGAAGUGCACCGCGAAAAUACAAGGACCAGGCGUUAUGAAAACAGACUGUACCAGCAGGACCUGGCCCAUCACCAAGGAGAUGAUUUUCAGCAUCAACGCUACCUGGGGGACCUGGAAGCAGUAUGAUCCGAGUUCGUACAUUGGCCCUGCCAUGAUCUUGCCGGCAUUCCAGGUCAGCAUUGAGCCCAUAUACGACACCAUCAGCGGGGGUGCUCGCACAACGGUUGGUUUGGCGGGUUGGAGAGACUUUGAAGGCCAAUACGUGGAGACGUCUUGCACCUUGUUACCAGCUAUUGUGGAAUACAAUGUUCUACUUCAGAGUGGUAAUGUACAGCUUCUCGAAGAUCUCGAGCAAGGCAAGGUAGUCGCCAAAGCAAACAACACUCGCGCUAUCAACACUACCGAAGAGAUGGCGCAUGUCAUCCAGCCGAAUGCAUUCGAUCCUGUUACUGUUGGUGCAGGCUAUCUCGUCAGUGCAAAUGCGACUGUCAUGAUAUCGACAGCGAGAGGGUCUAAAGGGUUUGCGCCUACCUGGGCUUUCAACGUCCCCAGCUUCAACAUUGAAGCCGCAAAGCAUGUCGUUAAUUUUCCUGGUCAGGCAGCUGGUACUGGCAUGCUCUUUUCCGAUCCAACACCAGACAUCAUAAGGACAAUGAACGAGCUGAUGCUUCGAGGUGCAAUCUAUGCGUCUAAGUGGCGAAACCAAGCGCCGUUCAUCGACUCCGGAGUGGAAAUCAACCAGAUCGUACCCGCUGUCAAGGAGACGAGGGAGAAUUUGUACAAGUCUGAUUUACGGUGGUUCGCGGGUGCCGCGAUCUUCGAGCUGCUGACCGCAUUGGCUGUGCUGCCAAUGUUCUGGGGAUGGUGGAAGAUCGGACAGGAUCUGACCCUCUCGCCGUUCCAAAUCGCCCUGGCGUUUGACGCUCCGCUGUUGCGGGAUGUAAACUCGGCGUCGGGGGUGUGGGAGAUUGUGCAGCAGCUUGGAAGGUUGAAGUUGAAAUAUGGUGUAGACACGAACCUUCGGUAUGCGGCACAUGGAGAAGACGUGGCGUACGCUCCAGGGAGGCUGGGACUUGCCUGUGAGCAAGUGGUUGCGCCCCCAAGGAAGGGGUGGGCGUUUCGGGAGUGA